ACAACAGCCACUCACCUGUCCCACGAUCCUGCAGUGUGUCCCCUGCAGCCUGUUUCACCGGCCGUCCUGUAUUCCAGGAGGCUGGCAUCAACAGUGUGGGCACCCGGCUGUGAUAGCUUGCGGCUUCACAGCCGGGUGCCCACUGCACAUGCGCGAGUAGCGCUGCGCUUCAUGAAUGGUCCUGUAGUCGUCUAGGACCUGUCACAUGUCCCAAAAGAGUACAGGGAGGGAGGACACCUUCCUCUUCCGAUCGCCUAGGCAACUGGAAGUGGGAGCGGGUACCUGUAAAAUUCGGGUACCCGCCCCCCAAAGGUGCCAAUCCUUAAUGGGGAGCGGAGGAGCAGUCCUUACAGUGGAACUUCCCCUUUUGUUGUGGAGC